UGACAUUGACAUUACCAGACAGCUGUUCGGAAGUUGUUGAGAUUUGGGUUGUUGUUUACUUUCUUUUUCACAUAAAAUAAAACUAAAACAUAAAUAAUGAAAAGGAUCGAAGAUCUAGAACGAGAUAUUAAAAAUGUCGAUAAGGAGCUUACAAAAGUCGACGCUGAGAUAGCCAAAUGGAAAAAUAUACAGCGACAACUACACGAAAAAAAAGGUUCUUUAAAAAAAUCUAUAGACAAAUUGAUAUCGGACUCGUUAGCCAGCGUCGAUUGGAGUGGUACUACUUACGAAUGGUCGGAGGAUGUUAAUAGGACGCUUAAGGAUGUUUUCAAGAUGAAUUCAUUUAGACCGAAGCAACUAAGUGCGAUCAAUUCGUCGCUAAGUGGACAACACGCUUUAGUGGUUAUGCCGACAGGUGCCGGCAAAAGUCUCUGCUACCAGCUCCCCGCGCUCGUUAAACCCGGCAUCACUCUUGUCAUAUCCCCCCUAGUGUCACUUAUGGAAGAUCAGGUAAGAUCUCUAACUAACAAAAACGUUCCAGCAAUGCUCAUGACAAGCACCAGCGCCAAAGAAGACUCCAACGCUGCUUUAAACGCAUUGAAAGACAAAAACACCAAGACAAAACUAUUGUACGUCACUCCAGAAAGACUUGCUAAAAGUAAACGAUUUAUGGCCAACCUACAGAAAUGUCAUGCUGAUGGAAGACUACAAAGAAUUGCUAUUGACGAAGUUCACUGCUGUUCUCAAUGGGGCCAUGAUUUCAGACCGGACUAUAAAUACCUUGGCAUAUUAUCUAACAUGUUUCAAAAAGUACCAAUACUUGGUUUAACAGCUACGGCAACUGCCCAUGUAUUAUCUGAUGUACAAAAAAUACUCAAUAUAUCAGGCUGUUUAAUAAUCAAAUCUACUUUUAAUAGACCUAAUUUAUUUUACAAAAUAUUAGAAAAGCCCACAUCCCAGGAAGAGUGUUUAACUAUUCUUGAAAAACUCCUUAAAUAUAGAUAUAAUGGUGAAAGUGGUAUAAUUUACACUAACAGCAUAAAGGAUUCAGAAGAUAUUGCAGAGGGGCUUAGAAAAAGGGGACUUAAAGUGGGCUGUUACCAUGCAAAUAUGGAAGCUAAUUCUAGAUCAAAGGUUCAUUUAAAAUGGCAUGAGAAAUAUUACCAAGCAAUUGUUGCAACUGUUGCUUUUGGUAUGGGCAUUGAUAAACCUGAUGUUAGAUUUGUUAUUCACCACACAAUCAGCAAGUCAAUGGAGAAUUACUACCAAGAGAGUGGGAGAGCUGGUAGAGAUGGCCAAAGAGCAGAAUGUGUUACUUUAUACAGAAUGCAAGACAUAUUUAAAGUGAGCUCCAUGGUUUUCUCCUCUAUUGGGAAACUAGAACAUUUGUAUGGUAUGAUAAAAUAUUGUUUAAAUGGAACAUUUUGUAGAAGACAAUUAAUAGCUGGUUACUUUGAUGAAGAUUGGGGUGAUGCAGACUGCAACAAAAUGUGUGAUGUUUGUUUAAAUCCAAACACAUCAAGUAGAGAAAUAAGUUUAGAAUUACAUUGUAAGACUAUAUCAAGUAUAAUUGAUAAUGCUGAGAGGCAAGACACAAAAUUGACUGCUCAAAAGUUACUUGAUGCUUGGUUCCUGAAAGGACCUGUUAUUUUAAGGCAUAAAGGGAAAGAACCCAACUUUUCUAGAACAAUAGGUGAAGAUGUUAUAGCUUUUUUGCUAGUUGAAGGAUAUUUAAUAGAAGAUUUUCAUUUUACUGCCUAUUCUACAAUAUCUUACAUAAAAAAAGGACCUAACAUGGACUCAAUUGAUGAUGCAAAUUUUGUUUUAAAAAUGCCAGUCAGAAAAUUUACAGAAUUCCAUUUAGAUAGGCCUGCACCAAAAGAUGAAGAAAUUGUUGUAAAUAUAAUAAAUGAUGAUAAAAUUGAAAAUGUAAAUAAAUCUAAGAAAAGAAAGUCUUCUGUUGAAAAGAAUGUAAAAAAAUCAAAAAUGAUUGUUAUUGAUGAUGACAGUGAUAAUGAUUAAAAUCAUUUGGUUAUCUUUAUUUUUAAUAUCUCUGAAAUUUUAGAAAUGGUUGAUAGCUCGUAAGGAAACAUGGUUUAUUUUAAUAAUUUAAUUUACCUCUAUAAAGAGAUCACCACUUUUUAAUAAAAUGAACAAUUCAUUAAAA